CGAGCCAACGGACUGACUGCUUCACAGGUAACAUAACGGGUACUCCUCUCUGUGAGCAGCAACACCGGUGCCGGUGAGACAGACACUGGCAGAGGGAUGGAGAGAGGUGCCACUGGGAGGGAGCUGAUCUCCAGAGACCGGAGCUGGUGAUGGAGGAGCACGAGGACCAGGACAGAGCCUCCCCGUCGGAGCACAAAGGACGACGACUGACCAUCUCCAUCCAGGAGCACAUGGCCAUCGACGUGUCCCCCGGUCCCAUCCGGCCCAUCAGACAAAUUUCUGCCUACUUCCCUCGCCUCUCACCCGCCUCUUGUGUUUCGGAGCCCCGUGUAGCCAACCCCGCCGGUUUCCCGUCGGCCCUCGGUCCCGCAUGCGGAGCCUCUGCGGUGCAGGGCGGCAACCUUCUGUCGUUCCCAAUGGGAGGAGCCCCCAGCAGAGGCGGAACCAUUUCACUGGUGGACACGCCCAAGGACGUCGAGAGCUGCGACAGUGACGACAGCACAUCCCUGGGCACCCUGGAGUUCAGCCUGCUCUACGACAGGUCUACGAGUUCCCUGCACUGCACCGUCUUCAGAGCCAAGGGCCUCAAGCCGAUGGACUUCAACGGCCUGGCGGACCCCUACGUGAAGCUGCACCUCCUCCCCGGGGCCUGCAAGGCCAACAAGCUGAAGACGCGCACUGUGCGCAACUGCCUGAACCCGGUGUGGAACGAGACGCUCACUUACUGCGGCAUCACCGAGGACGACAUGCACAGGAGGACCCUCAGGAUAUCAGUGUGUGAUGAGGACCGACUGACCCACAACGAGCUCAUCGGAGAGGUGCGGGUGGCUCUGCGGCGGGUGAAGCCAGACCAGGCCAAGCACUACAACGUGUGCCUGGAGCACCCUCCCCCGCUCUCGUCACCCACCACGAUGAGCGCGGCCCUACGGGGAAUCUCCUGCUACCUUCGCGAGGGGGAAAGUGAGCAGCAGGGGGUACUGGAGGAGCGUGGUCGCCUGCUGCUAGCCCUGCAGUUCCAGCCCCCGUCCAGAGAGGGCGACAGCGAGGCAGGAGAAGAGGCGGAGGGGUGGCGCCCUGGGCUACGCGUAGGGAUUGUGCGCUGCGCCCACCUGGCUGCUAUGGACGUCAACGGGUUCUCGGACCCCUACGUCAAGAUCUACCUGAAGCCAGACGUGCACAAGAAGUCCAAGCACAAAACGGCCAUCAUGAAAAAGACCCUGAACCCAGAAUACAACGAGGAGUUUUUCUACGAGAUCUCUCUAGCGGAGCUGUCCGAGAAGACCCUGGAGAUCACGGUGUGGGACUACGACCUGGGCAAAUCCAACGACUUCAUCGGUGGCGUGUCUCUGGGCUGCCAGUCGCAGGGAGAGCCGCUCCGCCACUGGCUCGACUGCCUGAAAAGCAGAGGGGGCCGCGUGGAGCGAUGGCACACGCUCACCAACAAGCUCCCAGGAUCCACCUUUCAUGACUGAGUGGCGGCGUGCUCUGCGUGCGUGUCACAUGAGGGUACGAUGUAACACUGCGUUUACUGGCCUCUCAACGACGAAUCCACAUUUUGAGGGAAUCCAACGCAGUCAAAUCAGAUUUCGCCCAAAUCCUUUUUAAAAAUGGCAACAUCAUGGAAAUUUUAAAGAUGAAGCAAAACUGACAGCACAUCAGCAAUAAGGUUUUGUAAUAUUUUUCACUGCUUUUGCCCAGAUUACUCAGUUCAGUAGCAUGAAUACCAAUCAACCUGAUGUAGGACAGGCCCAAGCAAAUCAGUUAUGUAAAUUAUAAUCAUGAAUGUCUAUAACACCACCCCCUGUGCUGUACAAAUAUGAAAUCAAGUAUUUUAAUAAUAUGAAACAAUUACACAUUUCUAUGCGCUCCUCAUGUAUAGCCACCAAGAAAAAGGAGGAGGAAUUUUCAUUUAUUGGCAGCAAAGGAAUGGCAAAAAUGUACUUCUUUUUUGCUCCAUUAUCACAUUAUGUCAUGUUUAUUUCGCUACGAAAAUAGUCAAAACUAAUGCAACCAUUGCAGUAUUUUGCACUGCUCCAGGUCUGUUUUCAUAGAUACCAUAUUAUCACUACUAAUUAGUGAUACCUUCCGGUUUACCUGACCGACCCUUUCCUCCCCAAGAGUGAAGACUGUUCAGCAAUGCUUCCAGAAACCACAAAUAAUAGACAUCAAAUGCUGUACAUCAAUAGUUCGCUAACGAUCAAAAGGAUAUCAGCCAGUUCUUCCAUGUGGACGUGUGCGUGUAAAGUACGGAAAACUGCCUCUGCUCGGUGGUAAAAAUGAACUAACUAACCCGGUCCCCAUCCCUGUCCUGAUGCUCGGUGUACUCUCGAUAUUUGCCACAUUCCGGUCAGUAUUUCAUUUGUUGUGCUGCUGCACUUGCUGGUUAUGAUGCUCUUAAAGGUUGAGAGGGAUGCUUCUUGACACUGGUUUAAGUCGUCCGAUUACCAUGAUAACAGGACAUAACAAGAGCUUCAUGUUUUAAAUAAAGCAUGUGCUCAUUAUGUCGUCGAGCGACACAUGAAAGGGGGCAUUUUCAGCAUUACUGGGUCCUGCUGUGAUUCUGUGUGUGAUUUCAGUGCUGACUGCGUGUAUGACUGUGAAUCUCGGAAAAUGCCUCUUUGUUCAUACUGCUAUGGUUUCCAUUCUGGAAGACAGUGAUGUUUAUAUUUCUAUCUG